CCGUGUUUUUGCUUCACACAUCUGGAUGUGUGGAACUUUCUUGUGGAGCUAAAUUAAUCUGCGGGAAAUGUUUCUGUGAGGGACCUGAGACGCCGGGUUCCACUUCCGGUCGUUGUUUGUAUCAGAGAUGGCGUCUACAGCUCAUGAGUUAACACUGAUCGGUCUGUGUGAUGGAGAGCUGGACUUUAAAAGACACCAGUCCUCAUUUCUUACAAACAAAGUCGGGGGUCAACCGGACUGGCUUCCAGUCAUCUCCCGCCACUUUCCCCGCUGCAGACGCUGCGGCGCCACGUUAGCUCACGUGGUGCAGGUGUAUUGCCCCCUGGAAGGGUCUCCUUUCCACAGAAACCUCCACCUGUUCGCGUGCUUGCGCGCUGAGUGCAGCGGACAGUCAGAGUGUUGGACGAUUCUACGCUCCCAGAGUGCGGACGUGGAGGUGGCUGCAGCGCAGACACGCACGCGGCGUACACCGCCUCAGGAAGCAGCUCCGUCCACCACCGACUGGUGUGACGGCGCGGAUGACUGGGGCAUGGAGGGGGAGGAGAGUGGAGAUGCACGGGGAGGCCUUGAGCAAACAUCUAAAGUUCUUCACGCAGAAAAGAAUCCUCAGAUGAGUGUGACGGACAUCAGCAGUCAAUUUCAGGUCCUCAGUCUGGCCCAGCUGAAGGACAUCCCUGUCUUCCGUCCAUUCUUCAUCAGUGUAGUGGAAGAGUCUGAUCUGCGUGGAGAAGACGGUUAUUUGGAGCAUGCUCAGGAGCUGCUGAGAGACUACGAGAAAAGAGAGGGCGUAGCAGUGGGUCAGCUGGAAGAGAGCAGAGCUGGUGGUGGGGAGGAGAAGUACGAGAAGACCAGACCCAAACAUGGAGAUGCUGCCUUCUGCAGGUUCAUGAAGACCAUCUCGUUGUGUCCAGAGCAGAUCCUGCGCUACUGCCGUGGUGGGAAACCUCUCUUUAUCUCCAAGCCGCCAUCCAACAUGGCAGAGCUGGUUUCGGCGUGCAGCUCCUGUGGAGGGCCGAGGACGUUUGAGCUGCAGCUGAUGCCUGCCCUGGUCAGCUUGCUGCAGGGGAAGGAUGGCGGCUCGGAGACAGAGCUCGAGUUUGGGACAGUGUUGGUUUAUACCUGCACAAAUAGCUGCUGGACAUCCGGAUCCAGCUUGGCUCUGGAGGAGUUUUGCUACGUUCAGACAGACCCGGACCAGCAGCUCUUUAAAUGACUAGACCGAUAAUAAACAGUCUGUCGUCAGUCAAAAUAAGAAAAAUCUGCUUCUCUGUUAAUCUCUCAUGCUUAACUAUGCACAUUUUGGUCUGUUUGGACCAUGUUUCCUCCUGACGCACUUUGGAAUUCAACUUUCAAUAUUUCAAAUAGGUUAACAGAAAAAUGUGAAAAAAAACUUGGAGUGACAUUAAGGAUUUCACCCUGUUUUUUUCCCAUAAAACCAAGUCUGAACAUGUCAGAGAUCAUGGUUGUUCUAGACCCUCAUCCAUCCCUCAUCAAAUGACUCCAGACUCUGAGCAUCACAUGUCAUUUUUACUUUAGCUUAACGUUACAUUUCAGUGUCUGACAGGUCACACCACAUCAGCUCGGUUUGGACAGCAGUAAUGUAGCUCAAAGGCAACAGAAGAAAAGUAAUUAGCUGACGGACUAGUUUUUACUGGACCCCAUCCAGAAUAUCAAAAAUAGAUCAAUUACUGGCCAAUAAAAGACAGGGUGCAUUUCUGUGCAACUUUAGCAUCUGUGAAGACAAACUGAUUGUUUUUAAGUCAGAUUACAGCCCUUCUGUCAUGUUUUACAUUUCCUCCAAUUUG